UGUUUUAUCUUCCAGCCGCCCAGCAGCACAUCCCAAACCACAUAAUCAAGCGUCUGAAAAAACUCUACCACAAAUGCUGGAGGGGGGCUUUGGCCAAAUGAGCUGCCGAAUAGUCUCCAGAUCCCAGCAGACUCUAGUAAUAAUUAAGCUGGCUGGCUAAUUUGUCAGAGACAGACAUUUCUCAGGCUGGUAGAACUUUCCCAGCUCCUAAAUGGGGGAGUGUUUCAUUGGAAUGUGAAGAACAAAUCAAAGAUAAACAUGUUCAUCUAUCAAAGCAAACAUUGGAAGGUAUGCUCGGAUCAUCAGCAUGGCCCGGUCUCACUCAUUCUCCUCUAUAAAUGGACUAAGUCAAGCUCUUGGAUGAGCUGACUGAGACAACCUGCACUGCAAGUUCUGACUGCAACCGAUGCCGGUGUCAAGGAAGUUCUAUUCCAGAUAUUAAAUGAUUCCAGCCCCUAGUCGAUGGAAACUGGCUUUCAGAAGGCUGACCAUACUGGAAAAAGCAUCUCAAUGUCCUGCAACCCCCGCAUCUUCUUAUUCAGCUUCUUAAGCUUUGGCCUAACCAGAAACCUUACAAGCAGCCAGAACAGUACACUUUUGUUUGCCAAGGACAACAACGUUCGAAACUGCAGCUGCUCCACCGAAAUCAAGAGCUGCGAGUACAGCCUGGCCAACUUGAUGUGCAACUGCAGAUCCGUCUUGUUCCAAAGAAACAGAACCCUGUCAAGAGUCGGUUACACCGGUGACCUGGUGGUCUGGUUCACGGACACGUCCGUCCUUGGCCAGUUGCUCAACUUUACCUUUGUGCGUGAUCUCAAGUUGUCGUUAUGUGGGGCUUUGCCUCUCCCAACAGAUUACUUGGCUAUCAUCGGCCUCCAACGCUUAGAAGUCCAAACUGCCAACUCAACUGAGCAGAGGCUGAUCAUAUACAACCAUGAGAAACCCAUGGGCAAGACCUCUCAGCACCACAGAGAAAAGAUAUCCUUGUUCCACAUUUCAUAUCUGGAUACCUCUCUUUUUAAUGGACCAUCAUUGAAGGCAUACAGUGUGGAGGGUGUUUUCAGCAUUACUGAACAGUUUCCAAACCUGCCAUACCCCAAAACAUUCUCUGUAACAAACACGAGCUACGUUGUGACACUAAUCUACUGAAACCUAGGCACAGAGUGAUAGCACAAUGGCAGCCAAUAAGUAGACUCAGUACUACGGAAGUCAAACCCAGUAGUUCAACUGAAGUGAUUUAGAACCCUCAACAUCUCCCAACAGCUUUAAAUAUGAUGCAAAUCACAUCAGUGUACAUGUUCAUAUAUAAUUUGUUACUAGGCUGAACCAGGGAUCUUUAAAUUGUGGUUUUUAUCUGCUAUAAAUAAAUAAAUAAAUAACUAAAUCUA